AUGAAAAAAAUAAAUAUUCUUGAAAGGAUAUUUCGUUACACCUCAAUUCGAGAGUUAUCUUUAAUUGGCCAUAAUAUAUCCAACAUAAGAAACAUUUCCUCUUUAUUUAAAUUGAAAAAAUUAAACCUUUCAUGGAAUUCAAUUACGGAUUUUACUCCACUAACGAAAAUUGUCGAUUUAGAAACAAUAAUUCUAAAUAACAACAAGAUAGAUUCAAUACCAUCAACAAUUAAAAAUCUGAAACACCUUCGAUUUUUAGGUAUUCGUUCAAAUAAAAUAAAAGACUAUGAAGAAUACAAAAAGCUUACGAAUAACAUUACAUUAGUUAGUUUGGAUAUAUCAAAUAAUCCAUUUGGACGCGAAGAAAAUGAUCAACUAUAUAUUAUUUUUACAUUACCACAGAUACAAGUUGUAAACAGACAAGAAAUUACUCAGUAUAUGCGAGAUAAUGCUAAUAAGCUAUAUUCUUCUGAAACAAUUCAACAAAACAAUCAAAAAGAUUUUAAUUUACAACAAAAAUACGAAGAUUUGCAGCAGCAACUAUCAAUUUUUCAAGAUAAAUUAAAACAAACACAAUCCAAACUAGACACUGCGAAUGAAACAAUACGAAAUAAUCAAGAGCAAAACAAUGAUUAUCAAAGAUUGUCGAAAUUAUUACGAUCAACUCAAGCAGAAAGAGAAAAACUUGCAUCAGAAUUAUCAGUAUUAAGGUCAGAAUCAAUGACACUGAAAGAAAUGCUGACACAACUUCAAGAAGAAAAUUCUGAAAUUUCAGAUGAAGAAACUAACAGUCCUGAGUACGUAAAAGUUAAGAUUCUUAAGAAGAAACUUCAUGAUUCAGACGUUAUGCAGCGAACAAUUGCGAAAAAUGCGCAUAAGGAAAUUAAGAAAAUAAAUUCAGAAAAACAACAACUUUUGAACACAAUAAAUGACUUAGAAAUGUUCAAGGCUGAUGCAUUAAGAACAAUUGCUGCAUUAAAUCUAAAUAACAAAAAUUUAAAAUCUGAUCUUGAAAAUACGAGAAAAGAACUUGAAACAAAGAACGAAGCUUUCCUUGAAGAAUUUGCUAAGAUGAGAAUACUUUUAGGUGAUCAAUACAAUCAUCUCUCUUCUAUUUCAAUUGAAAACGAAGAAAGAUUAAAAGGAGAAUUAAAAAACAAAAAUGAAAUGUAUAAUUUAGAAUCUGCAAUACAGAAGAUCAAAAGUGAAAGAGAUUCUGCACAACUACGACUUGCAGAUUUAAAUGAUUCUCAUGCAGAAGAGAAACAAGCAAUAAUAGAAAAGUUUUCUCUUAAAUCAAAACAACAACAAUAUUUGAUUGAUGAAUUAAAAUCAAAACUAAAUGAAUCUGAAAACAAAAACAAUAAGAUUCAGAAAGAAAAAGAAAGAUUAGAAAGGAAACUCGCUAGAUUGUUUGAUGUUUAUGGUAAACUCAAAGAAAUGAGAGACAAUGAAUUACACGAAACACAGAAAACAAAUGAUGAAAUGCAAUCAAUUCAAAAGGAAUUAAAAGAAAAUGAAGAAAAAAUGAAAAGGAUUCAGAUGUCGAAACAAACUGAUGAUGAGAUCUUUAAUACAUUAGCGAGAAAACAUAAAGACAUGGAAAAGAAAUACAACCAAUUAUUAAAUGCCGACAGCGCAAACAAAAUGUUAAUUAAGAAUAUUGAAGCUCAUGAAAAACUCAUCACAGAAAGAGAAAAGAAAAUCGAUAAUCUGGAAGCGGAAAGAGAUAAAUUAUCAGAUGAAAAUGAAAAACUCAGACAAGAAAACUUCAAGAUGCAAGCAAAGAUACAAGAAUUAACAGAUGUAGAAAAAGCUGGAAGACAAAAUAUUGCUAUUCUUGAAGACAAAAAUAAAUCAAAUGAAGAAACAAUUGAAAAUCUCAGAAAUGAACUCAAAAACAAGACAAAAGCGCUUGACGAAAUUGGUUCGAAACUCCAGACGUCAAACACCGAUAAUAUUAAACUUAUUGGUGAGAAUAAGAUUCAAAAUGCUAAACUAGCUCAGUUGAAAUCAGAUUUAGCUGAAAUCAAAGAUUUGACUGAUUCACCGAAAUUCAGUUCUCUCAAUAACUUUGAAAAAGUUUCUCAGUUCUUAAAUAAGUUUAACGAUGUAUUGAAUGCAAUAGGAUUAGAAGAUAUCUCACCUUUCAUCAAGAAUCCAAGAAUGAAACUGGAUUUGUAUCCAGACAAAACAGUUCAAGUUGAAUCUGAAAGUGAAACAUUGCUUCAAAAACAAAGAAGAAUCUUAAAUGCAGUUAGAAAAGAAUUAACUACAUUCCCUAAUGUUGGAAACUUCAUGCAACCUACAGAAGAUGAUAUUGAAGGGCAACUCGAUCAAUUGCACAAAUUAGUUGCAAUUAUUAAAGCUUUGUUUGAACAACGCGAAAAGAAUAUCACAGAAAUGAGUAAAGUUGUUGCUUCUCAACAUAGAGCUGUAAUGGCAAUGAGCCAGCGGCCGAGCAUGUCAACAAUUGCUGAAUCUGAAUCAAACUUAUCUCGUGCAAAGUCAAUAAUAGAAAAUGACUCUAAACUUAAUAAUUAA